CCUAUCAGGACUCACAGACACAGGAGCUUACAGCCGGAAGCUUAUAAAAGGCGGCUCAAGCUAAGCAGGGAAAAGCUGGUGACAAUGCAGGUGAAGGUCGGAAUUAUUGGUGGAUCAGGACUUGGUGACCUGGACAUUUUGGAGGAAAAGACUGAGAAAAAUGUUGAUACGCCUUUUGGAAAGCCUUCAGAUGUCCUUAUUCUGGGGAAGAUAAAAACCGUUCAUUGUGUACUCCUUGCUCGACAUGGGAGAGGGCACACUAUUAUGCCCACGAAUGUCAACUUUCGGGCAAACAUUUGGGCAUUGAAGCAGGAGGGUUGUACCCAUAUUAUUGCGACAACGGCCUGUGGUUCACUUCAGGAAGAAAUCCAGCCUGGAGACAUCGUCAUUAUCGACCAGUUCAUUGACAGAACAACAAAAAGGCAUCAGACGUUCUACGAUGGGUGUUCAGCCAGUCCAGUUGGAGUCUGUCACAUUUCAAUGGCUGAUCCAUUCUGCAGGAAAUCCAGAGAGGUGCUGUUGGAUGUUGUAAAGAAACUGGGGAUUCGACACCAUGAGAAGGGGACCAUGGUUACAAUUGAAGGUCCCCGUUUCUCCUCCCGAGCAGAAAGUCUGAUGUUUCGUCAGUGGGGCGGUGAUGUCAUCAACAUGACUACUGUCCCUGAGGUGGUACUGGCUAAAGAAGCAGGCAUCUGCUAUUCCAGCAUUGCCAUGGCAACUGACUAUGACUGCUGGAAGGAGCAUGAAGAAGCGGUCUCUGUGGAAAAGGUCCUCAAAAUAAUGAAGGAGAAUGCAAACAAAGCUUUGAGUAUUAUUCUCAGUGCAAUUCCACAGAUUGCAUCCAUGGAUUGGUCUGACACCGUCAAAAGUUUGAGAAUCAGUCAGGAAGGUUCAGUUAUGUUACCAAAGCAUUGAAACUUAAGAGACUGGAAAAUGUUUCAACACGUGAAGACAAUUUGUGUUCCAACUGAUGACAGUGAUUGCGUUUGUUGUCUGUUCCCAGUGUGUUACUGUUACUGUACAUACAACAUCAAUAAAAAUUCAAGAAUUGUUGGUUCAAAUUUUAAA